GCUGAAGGUAUUUGCCCCGUGAAAAUCACCAGAAUUUUGUGAGCGGUUUCUUGAGUGGAAAAGUGCGUGCGUGCGUGCGUGAGCGAGUUGAAAAAGAGUUGUUUUUUUUGGGUAAAAUCCAGCAAAAAAAGAAAGAUCUGCCUGACCCCCCCUCGAGAGUGCGAUAAUUUGUUCCUCCAUCUUGGUUUUUUCACACUCCGGAAAAAAAGGAGAGCAACCUAAAGAAGAGAAAGAGAGCGAUUCCCUCUGUCCCGUUUCUUCGUUCUGCCCAGUCCGUGUCUUCUUCCCCAUCUUCUUCACCUUUGGAGUGUGCGAGCGAAAAGGAGAGAGAGAGCGACCGUCGAAAAAAAUAAAGUUUGAAAAGAGGUCACACGGCCUACUCUGCCAAAUUUUUGUCUCCUGAACAAAACGAAAAAGUAUUCCCUUUUUUGGCAAGUGUCACCCAACUGUCAUACCAAACUGCGUUGGUAAACAAACACUGUAAACACGAUUGUGACAGCAGAAAUCCCGUUGGAACGCACACACACACCAAACCUCGCAAAAUCGGCAGCUGAUAAGGGUGUGUGCGUGAGCACUCGUUGGAGGUAGAAGCGGCGGCCAGGAGCAGAUUUUCGGGGCCCGGCAGGAACGAGUUUCGAAGACACACUGUACGCGAACGAUUACGACUACGGUACGGUACCGUACGGCGGCUGCGGCACCAUGGACGCGGAACACGGCGUCGGAAGCGACUCGCUAGGGGGGAUGCCGGGGGGCGUGCUGGUCGUGGAGGAGGAGGGCGAGGAGGCGGUGGAGCUGCCGCUGGAGGACGACGGCACGCUGUCGCUGUCGACGCUGCAGGCGCAGUUUUACGGGGCGUGCGGGUUGAAGUACCGGAACCCGGAGAACCGGGCGAUCCGGGGGGUGCGGUUGAACGACAACAAGUUGCACCCGUUUGCGCCGGAGCAGGGCUGGGGGAGCCACAUUUACAUUUGUGUGUUUCCGAAGGAGAACAAGCGGAAGAGCGAUGACAAGUUGGAGAACUCGACGCCGAAGACGAAGCGGAUUGAGAAUCGGAACAGGACGACGACGGAUUUGAUUGUGCUGGGGUUGCCGUGGAAGACGACGGAGGAGGGCUUGAGGGAGUACUUUGACGUGUUUGGCGAUUUGCUGGUGGUGCAGAUAAAGAAGGACGCGAAGACCGGGCAGAGCAAGGGGUACGGGUUUAUCCGGUUUGCGAAGUUUGAGUCGCAGAUGAAGGCGCUGUCGAAGCGGCAUUUGAUUGAUGGGCGUUGGUGUGACGUGAAGGUGCCGUCGAGCAAGGAUCAGAUGCAGCACCAGAUGCCGAGCAAGAUCUUUUUGGGACGGGUGACGGAGGACAUGACGGCGGACGAUAUCCGGGAGUACUUUAGCAAGUACGGCGAGGUGACGGACGUGUUUAUUCCGAAACCUUUCCGGGCGUUUGCGUUUGUGACGUUUAUUGACCCGCACGUGGCGCAGAGUUUGUGCGGCGAGGAUCACCUGAUUAAGGGGGCGUCGGUGUACGUGUCGACGGCUUCGCCGAGGCCGGAACAUAACCGGAACCAGCAGAAGAACCAGAUGGGUGGAAAUUUUUCCAACUACGAUGAACGUGGAAGGGGUGGUGGAUCUUCCGGGUCGGAUUACGGUGGCCAGCAGAGCCACUCGAACAUGAACAGCAACUAUCACCACGGUGGAGGAGGUGGUGGCGGCGGCGGAGGGUACAACAGUAUGCCCCAGCAGAACCAGCCGAUCUGGAACUACAACGAGUACUCGCAGCAGAGCCGGCAGAACCAGAACAGCAACAUCGACAGCAUGCCGAACCUGCAGGCGCUGGGUUUGAACUCGACGGGUCCUGGUCCUAACGGGGGUCAGGGAAACGCCGGGGGCCUCCACGGAGGCCACCAUGGAUCAGCGCCGGGCGCCGGGAUGGGUGGCAAUCACCUGAGUGGGGGUGGAGCGGGAGCUGGUGGUAAUAGCGGCGGCGCUCCGGGAGUCAUCGGAAACCACGGCGGCCCGGGUGCCGGCGGGAACAUGAACCUCAACCAGAUGCCCAUCAAUCCGGCCAUCAUCGCGGCCGCCCUCAGCCAGUGGAGCCUCAUCGGCAACCAGAUGCACAACAACCCGCAGGGUUCGGGCGGUCCCGGAGGACCGGGCGCCCCUGGCCAGGGCGGUGGCAACGCCCCGGGCGGUCCCGGCAAUCCCGCCGGUGGCCCCGGCUCCGGAGGCCCGGGCGCCGGCCAGGAAUAUCUGCCCUGGAACGGAUCAGGUCGACGAAUGCCCUGCCCGAACGAGUGCUGCAACCCGAAGGUCGGCAAAGUAGACCCCGCAGCGAUGAGGAGGCAAUACAAGCGGAAGCGUGUGAGCGAUGAGGAAGGUGGUGGUGGUGUGCGUGCGGUUGAAAAGCGAGCCGAGCAGGAGGACGUUGUGAGCAAGUGGAAAGAGAGAGAGCGCAGCCGGUUUGAGAGCGAGUUUUGUGUUUUUUGACGUGUGUUUGCGUUUUAAGUUAGUCGGUAAGGCAGAGGCGUCGGUAAGCGACGGGCAGGAACGGGCGAAGCAAACAGUAGGUGGAAAAAACACAAUUAGAAACUGUAAACUAGCGUGGUUCACGUUUCUAUGAAAAAGACAAAAGUUGUUAUUUUGUCUUGCAUCAACCGGAAUUUCGUUCUUUUAUGUCCCCAGAAGCACUCCUGAAAAUUUGAGCCCAUUUGGUAAGGUCUAGGAGCUCCAGUUUUAAUUUGAAAUUUAUAUGGGAUUUUGAUUUAUUUUCCAUGGGAAACUAUCUUUUUUUACAUUGUAUUAGGAUUUUUUUUUUAUAAAUCGAUGAAAUGACUUGAUUCUAAUAGUAGGAGAUAGGUUUUGAACUGGGGAACAACUUUGUAGAACAUACCAAUAUGCUAGGAAGUGACCCUUUAAAGAUACAGAUACUUUUAGAUGGUGGCCCACACAGUAAAGCCCCUUCAAAAGCCACCAUCUAAAAGUAUCUGUAUCUUUAAAGGGUCACUUCCUAGCAUGUUGGUAUGUUCUACAAAGUUGUUCCCCAGUUCAAAACCUAUCUCCUACUAUAAGAAUCAAGUCAUUUCAUCGAUUUAUAAAAAAAAAUCCUAAAACAAUGUAAAAAAAGAUAGUUUCCCAUGGAAAAUAAAUCAAAAUCCCAUAUAAAUUUCAAAUUAAAACUGGAGCUCCUAGACCUUACCAAAUGGGCUCAAAUUUUCAGGAAUGCUUCUGGGGACAUAAAAGAACGAAAUUCCGGUUGAUGCAAGACAAAAUAACAACUUUUGUCUUUUUCAUAGAAACGUGAACCACGCUACUGUAAACCUGUAUGCUUUGUCGGAUUGAUGUGAGUUUCCUGUGUUGUUUUUUGGAUUUGUUUGAACUCUACACUUAGUGCAACCAGUUUCCUACUAAAUAAAGGUUAGACAAGCAGUAGUUGCAGAGAGCGAGAGAGAGAGAAAGGUAGUGGGUAGAAUGUGAGCAGAUGUAAGUCGAAUUAAAUUCAUUAUUGAUUCAAACUAUAUACUAUUAUUAUAUAUCAAAAUACAAAUAAAACUUGAGAUGAGAGAAAACAAUUACAAAACAAAUAUAUAAUACUUAAAAAACACAAAAUAACAACAAAACAAAGCAAAAAGUGUGUGGUAUGAUGUUGUUGCAGCAAACAAAUACGCAAAGUAAACAAAAACGCAAAAAUAUGAAUGAGUUUCGCACGUUGUGUACGCAAAAAAAAAAACAAAA